UGGGCUGAUUGACGCGACCCAUUGUUAGGCCUACUCACGAAGCUGGACGCGGGUAAAUCCCCACCAUCCCCUUCACAGAGCUUUAUGAACAACAGACCACAAGAGCCAAUCGCUGACGCUGAGUGGCAACCGUCGUAAUUUCAUCAUCUUCCUCGUUUUGUCCACUUUUCGAAACCCUAACUCAGUCAUCACCAGAAUCUGAUUUCGAUGGAAGGACCAGGAAGUGAAGGAGCAGCAGCGGCACCGCUGGCUCAAUGGAGGAGCGAUUUUUCGAGAGCAUUCCAGUACUAUUUGGAUCGGUCAACGCCUCACACUGUUAAUCGGUGGCUAGGAACCCUUGCUGUGGCAAUGAUUUACAUUCUGCGUGUGUACUAUGUUCAAGGGUUCUAUGUUAUCUCCUAUGGCCUGGGGAUCUAUGUCUUGAAUCUCUUGAUAGGCUUUUUCUCACCGAAGGUGGACCCGGAGCUUGAAGCCUUGGAUGGGGCUUCAUUGCCAACAAAAGGUGCUGAUGAGUUCAGGCCUUUUGUUCGCCGCCUUCCCGAGUUUAAGUUCUGGUAUUCCAUCACAAAGGCAUUUAUUGUUGCAUUUAUGUUGACCUUCAUUUCUGUGCUGGAUGUACCUGUUUUCUGGCCAAUAUUGUUAUGCUACUGGAUUGUUCUAUUUGUCCUCACAAUGAAACGGCAGAUCCUACACAUGAUCAAAUACAAAUAUGUUCCAUUUGAUAUUGGAAAGCAGCGGUACACUGGGAAGAAGUAACUGAAUGGGAGCAGCUUUUCUGCAAAUCUAAAAACAAAAAUGCUUGAUUUGUAGAUCUUGUGACUAAAGAAAAAAAAAAGAUAUGUUUGGAGAUCUUAAAUAUGUUUUGAAGGUAAUGUUCUUUUAGUGUAUUUGUACAUGGGCUAGACUCUCUAGUUUAGAAGUGGAUGACAGGUCUUGCCAGGAUGCCCUGAUAGUUCAUCUAUCACUUCCAUAGGCCUAAUGAGGGUUCAAGCUACACUGGUCUUCUGAUAAAGAUUACCUGGCAGAUUAAAGUAGACAUGGGGUGAAACAGCAUUGAACCUGGAAUCUCGGCUAACUGCGGAUUAUGUUAUAGUGUUCUGCGUGUGGGGGCAUGUGCCCAAUGUUUUUGUUGUAAGCAAUUUCAAAGCAUGAGAAGCUGCUUCUUAUUCAGAUGGGUGCCUUAGUUGUGUUUUCAUUCUUGCGAACUGAGAUAUUAAUUGACAUGCUUAUCAUUGUUCAUGUCAGAAGAAAUACUUACUGACCAAACUGAGAAUGAGUAUGCUGUUGAUUUAUUUCUUUUAGGCUAAACAAGAGAAUGGGUUCUUUUUAUGCUA